AUGGCACCAAAACACAGUUACAGCCAAGUUUCUCAGACAUCUGAUGUCAAGUCCUCCAUCGAGGAGGAGCUUGACGAGAGCGACAAUGGCCCCGAAUCUGGACGCAAAUCUAGGUUCCUCUCCCCCAUAUUCCUCAUGAUCUUUCUGAACGGAUUGAGCCUUGUCUUUGGCAUCGGAAUUGGUGCUUCGAUCGUUGCAAUGAUUACGCAUAGGCCAGCACCGCAACAACCCAACAAUGCCAAACCAGUCGCCGGAACCGUCGCCAUGAUUGACGGCAUCGAGGCUCCAGGCACGCAGUGCGGCGAUACCUGGCAAGAGGCCAAGGCUCUCGGCUGCCACUUUGAUGUCAUGGCAUCACGCUGGUAUGCUCCCGAAUGCUUCGACCAGACGGCCCUCGAAGGCAUGCUCGACGAGCAGCCGUACGUCAACUUCACCUGGUACGAGGACAAGGAGCAUACAAGAGUCUACCCCUCCGAGCUCGUCUUGCGGGGCGAGUUUGAUAAGGUGUAUCCCAGCGGAGACUAUCACAUCUUUCACUGUCUCUACUUGUGGCGGAGACUUCAUCACGCCGUGAUCAAGAAUAAGCCUGUCGAUGAGGAUUUGCUCGAGUACGGCCACACGCUGCACUGCACUCGCAUGAUUAUGCAGUGGAUGGAUCCAAGCAUACCCAGGACAACAAUUUCCUCUGCCACAAGCGGGACGCCGUUUUGCAGGAGUAGCCGGUUGGGUCUGAUGGUUUAG